AUCAGUUCUAAUGCGCGAAAAGUUUUGCGCGGGAAUUACAUAUCCGCCUUAAACCGCUUUUAACUCCUUCGGCCAUAUUCGAUUUUGGAUAUUGCUUUAAAACUCUUGAGUCCUUGGAGUAAUCGUUGCCAAUCCUUGGAAUCUUUACUGUUUAUUAAAAAUAUAUUUGUAAAAUGUCUACAGGAGCAAAGCAAGAACCUGUCGCUACCUUUAAGCUGGUGCUUGUUGGUGAUGGUGGUACUGGUAAAACUACAUUUGUUAAACGUCACUUGACUGGUGAAUUCGAAAAAAAGUAUAUUGCCACACUUGGUGUUGAGGUUCAUCCUUUGAUGUUUUAUACAAACUAUGGUCCAAUUCAGUUUAACUGUUGGGAUACUGCAGGUCAAGAAAAAUUUGGAGGGUUACGAGACGGAUAUUAUAUACAAGGACAAUGUGCUAUUAUAAUGUUUGAUGUUACUUCUCGUGUUACAUACAAAAAUGUUCCAAACUGGCAUAGAGAUUUGAUUAGAGUUUGUGAAAAUAUUCCAAUUGUUCUCUGUGGAAACAAAGUCGAUGUCAAAGAGCGAAAAGUUAAAGCUAAAACAAUCACAUUUCACAGAAAGAAAAAUUUACAGUAUUAUGACAUCAGUGCAAAAAGCAAUUACAAUUUCGAAAAGCCUUUUCUUUGGUUAGCGCGUAAACUUUGCGGUGAAACAGAACUUGAAUUUGUUGAAAUGCCUGCUCUACAACCACCUGAGGUCAAUAUUGAUCCUACAAUGAAAGCCCAAUUUGAGAAGGAGCUUGCUGAAGCUCAAAGCGCAGAAUUACCAGAUGAUGGCGAUGACGGUGACUACUAAAGUUUAUCAGCGAUUCAAACUAUUUUCAAGAGAUUAAGCAGAUCUCACUUUCAAAUAUGAAAUUUUAAUUAUUUUCAUUAUUUUCUUCAGUGUGAGUAUCUUUGAAUAUUAGAAUUUUUUAAGUUAUAUAGAUCUAAAAAUUUGGCGUGUGUUACUAAAGGGCCGAAGAAAAAAAUUUCGAUUAUAUAACAUCUUUUAGAUGUAUCAUUUAUGUAGAUAGAUUGUGAUGAUUUGUACAGUCUGAAAUUCAUAUUUGUAAGCUAACUGCGAUUUUCCUUUUCAAUAGAAUGCAUCGAAUGUUGA